UUUACAGCCGUGAAAAUGUUCGAGUCACGCGAACCGCGUAUACGCGUACGUAUCGUUUCGCAUCUCGUCCGGUUCUCGCGGUGAGAGAGAACGCGUCUUGAAUAUCCCCGUUUGCGCGCACGCGAAAUCCAAAAAACCGAGGGAGAGGGUUGACGUGUCUUCUUCAGAUAUUCUCUCGCUCUCUCUUUCUCUUUCUCUCACUCUCUCCCUGACUGACGGCCCGGUUAAAACGUGCGAAAUGACACGCACGAACAACGCGACGGAGAGCUGCGCGAUCGCGAAGAAGUCCUUGGUGCGCGUCGGCAAGUAUCAGAUGCUCGGGCCCCUCGGCAAGGGGAACUUCGCGCGCGUCGAAGAGGCCAUCCACACCGUCCUCGGAGUCAAGGUGGCGAUUAAGAUAAUAGAUCUCGAGCAAGGCAAGAAGGACUACGUGAUGAAGAACCUGACGAGGGAGGCGAAGGUACUGUCAAUGCUGCAGCACCCAAGCAUCGUGAGGCUCUACGAAACUAUCCGGUGCGGAUCCGUGUACUAUCUCGUGACGGAACUCGCGACCGGCGGCGACCUGUGCACGCACAUUAAGGAGCAGCCGGCCGGUAAACUGGACGAGAACACGGCGAGGCUGUACGCCAGACAGCUGGUCGCCGCGCUCAAGCACAUGCACUCGAGAGGAGUCGUUCACCGAGACCUCAAGAUGGAGAACAUCGUGUUACAGAACGAACGCAAGGAACAAAUCAAGAUUGUGGAUUUCGGUCUCAGCAACGUCUACACCAACAGCAAUCUUCUGCGAACGCAAUGCGGAUCUCCGGAGUACGCAGCUCCCGAGCUAUUUGUUGUGGGUAAACGAUAUGGGCCAGAAGUGGAUUUGUGGAGCCUAGGAGUCGUUCUGUACGUUAUGGUCAUCGGUCAACUUCCAUUUCUGUGUUCUCGCGACGAGUGGAUGUCGUCCGAGGAACGUCGACGGAAGUUGAUGAUUCAGAUCAACAGGGGCUUGACGUCGAUCCAAGAAAAGGCCAUGUGUCAAACAUCGAUCGAGUGCAGAAACUUGAUAAAUCGCUUGCUCGUCCCAUCUGUUCGCGAGAGAAUCACCAUUCGUGAGAUCCUUGACCAUCCGUGGAUCCUCGCGUCGUCUAACAGCAAUCCUCACCUUUGCUCUGACAACGAUUUGAACGUUUCCGAUCAUCUCGCGAUGAUGACCGAGAUCGCGACGGUGAUGCGAACGACCGUGGCUGUUGUCGAGGCUGAAAUAACGAAACGAAAGUACGGAGAAAUCGGCGGCAUGUAUAACAUCAAAGAGCACAAAUUGCGGUCAAACGCUGCCGCUUGUCAGUUAGCACCGCGAAUCCUUCGAAAUUCUGCGAGCCGAACCGAAGACGUAUCUUCGUCGCCGAUGACUAUUAGAACGACAAACGGUAAUUUUGAAAACGGCACAUCCAGAAACCCAGACAAUGGGUUUGAUCGCGUAAUUAUCAUACGACGCGGCCAGGUGCAAGAUCGAGCUGUCAAGAAAUCAUCAUUACCCGGUUCCGCGACAUGGAACUGGCGGUGCCGUUCCGGAAACGGCCAUCAUUCUUCUUCCGCGGAGCAAAGAAAUUCCGGAAUUGGGCGCAACGCGGUCACCGUGUCGUCUCGGCACGUUGGUCGCACGUUGCAAUUGAUGAAAAGUCAGGACGACAGAAUUUCGGAUCGCCAAUUCAACAGAGACGAAACGAGCAAAUUAAGAAAUUCAUUCACGAUUGCCAAAAAAUUGGGGAAGCAAAGUGUUAGUAGAAUGUGUGAAGUGAAUUACGAUGUUAUUCCUUCCAGUUCCUCGACUUUGCGAACUUAUUCGCGUGUUAGUAAUAACGAGAGUACGCCCACUUCGCGAAUUAAAGAAAGUUUACAUAAAAAACUGCUUACGCCAUCAUGGCGAUAUCGUGUUGGAAGUGCAAGAACGAGAACUAGAAGAGAUACUUGAAGCUAUCUUUUCAACACAAUUGAACGCAAGAAUGACAUCUUUAUCAUAUUUUUCGAACAAUUAGUAGCGUAACAAUAGUUACUUUUGUACAUCAAGAUUCUAUUGAGCGAUUUAUUUAUGUUGAAUCGCUCACAAAUACACACUCAUAAAAGCAAAAGUAUCAAAAACUGCAGAAAAAAAUGUAUCGAAGCACUUCCAUUAAAAAAAUUAAUG